AUGGCAGGAUUCGGAACGGGCUCCUCCUUUGGAGGCUUUGGCUCCAACAAUAAUCAGCAGCAACAGCAGCAGAACACCGGGUUCGGAUCAACCGGGUUCGGAAACACUUCUGGCAAUACUGGAUUCGGCACGAACACGAAUACCUCCAACUCGAUGUUCGGUGGUCAAAGUCGACCAUUUGGUAGUACUACCACUACAACUACUGGCGGUGGAUUCGGCGCAAACACUCAAACAUCUGCGUUCGGUUCGUCCGGUUUCGGGACCAGUGGUGGUGGAUUUGGCACAACCUCGAACACCGGUGGACUUUUCGGCAGCAAACCUACUACUGGUUUCGGAGCGACUAACAAUCAAAGUGGCAGCAUAUUCGGAGGUGCUACGACGUCCAGCCCAGCUACCAACACUGGUACAGGGUUUGGCGCAGCAAGCGGCACCACAGGAUUUGGUGCCAGUGGAACUGCUCUUGCCGGGGCGGUUCCCGCAUCCCAAGGGACAGCCAAUCCAACAUUCAGCCCUUUCACUGAAAAGGAUCCUGGUUCCUCAAACACCAGCAAUUAUCAAAGCAUAAGUUUUAUGGCACCCUACCAGAAAUACUCUUUUGAAGAAUUACGAGUCGCCGAUUACGAACAAGGUAGACGAUACGGCAAUGCUAGCGGUCAGCCUGGUGCCUUUGGGUCUUUCUCCGGGUUUGGACAACAGGGUUCGACUGGUUUCGGUGCGGCAGCAGCUAGUUCAUCUCCUUUUGGUGGAUCGACUCCAGCCCCCUCUGGAUUUGGCACGAACCAGACGCAGAGCACGGGUUUUGGUGCUAGUACCUCUACCAACCCACUGUUUGGAGCGACAAAACCGGCCACUAGUCUGUUCGGCCAAUCAUCUACUACACCCCAAUCUACCGGCUUCGGCACUGCUACGAACACCGGAGGAUUUGGUACCUCAACUACUAAUGCCUUUGGCGGCGGUAACACAGGUAGUAGCUUAUUUGGGAACAACCAGCAAAAACCUACCGGAUUUGGUACAACCUCAACCCCUACCUUAGGGACCGGAUUUGGUAAUACCCAAACAAACACAAGCAAUUCCUCACCCUUUGGCGGAACAACUGCAACCACAUCCGCUUUUGGUGGCCAGCAGCAACAAGGAACAAGCGCCUUUGGGUCAUUUGGCCAGAACCAGAAUCAGAACAAACCCUCGGCAUUCGGCACCUUUGGUCAAACCCAGCCUCAACAGCAACAAUCUACAGGAGGGCUUUUCGGAAAUACCGCCACGGCUUCGGGAACCGGUUCUUUGUUCGGAAAUAAUACACAACAGCAAGGAUCAUCCCUCUUCGGCCAGCAGAAUCAACAAGGCACUACCGGCGGACUUUUCGGAAACCAGCAAAACCAACAGCAGCAGAAACCUGGUGGUUUAUUUAGUGGACUCGGUACUAAUACCGCAACAUCAGGAACCCCUAGCUUCGGUCUCGGUGCUAGCCAGCCUGCGCAGCAAGGUACCUCCUUAUUUGGAAACCAACAACAGCAGAAGCCCGGGAGCUUGUUCGGCUCUACCCCUACCCAAGGUGGUGGAAUUUUCGGGCAAUCUAACUCGGCGCCUGCGUCUUCGGGCAUAUUCGGCCUAGGAAGCUCUACCCAGGGUACUCAACAACAACAGACAGGAGGGCUUGGAACUGGAGGAAGCAGCUUGUUUGGUCAAUCUCAGCAGCAGCCACAGCAGCAACAGUCAACCUCUGGCUUCCAAGCAUCUCUUCUCGAUGGUAACCCAUACGGUAGCCAAUCCAUCUUCUCCGGCCUGCCUCCACCAAACACUCCAUCUCCAGGUCCACUAGCAACUCCCCUCUCCGCUAGCCUUAAACAAAAGCAGCGCACUCCAUUGCCCAUGUACAAAAUUUCACCCAUUGCCGCGAACCGUCUGGUUACCCCUCCCACGCGUCAAGGCUAUGGAUUUAGCUACUCUAGCUAUGGAAGUCCCUCCAGCACUUCCAGCACCCCUGGAAACAGCAGCCUCUUUGGAGGAAGUUUGAGAAACAGCGGAAGUCUUGGCCGAAACUUUGGCAAAAGCUUGACUAGCAGCAGCCUCCGAAAGACCUGGGACCCCGAGACUGAUAGCAUUCUCUCUCCAGGAGCGUUCUCUGCUGGAAAUUCUCGACACUCGAGUGGAAGUCUCAAGAGAUUGACAAUUGACCGCAGCCUGCGUACAGAUUUAUUUUCUCGUCCAGCUUUGACCAAUGGUGACGAAAGUGCACCAUCAUCAUCAAGCAAGCUCAAGAAGAAGGUCAGCUUUGAUGAUGCUGUUGCCCCAGGUGACUCCUUUGAUAAGCCCAACGGCGCCAUUAUUCGUGUUGAAGCUGAAAGUGCUGAACCAACACCCGAAGAACUGGGAUUCCUACGAUCUGCUCGUAAGCAACCUCCCGCCAGCCCAGCUUCGGCUUCUAAGAGCUCGGAAGUCACCAACGGAGUUUCAAGCGAGUCUUCUACUACUUUAGGUAGUCCACAAAUGGAGCAAGUUCGUGGCAAGGAAUUAGCCUCAGUUCCUGAGAAUGGCGAACAAGCUACAGUCACCACUCCAGCCAACAAGACUCUUGUUGUCGUGCCUAAUGCCGACCCUAAGCCUGGUGAAUACUGGAUGAAACCGACUCGCGCCGAAAUCAACAAAAUGACGCGUGAGCAGCAAAAGCAGGUUACUAAUUUCACUGUUGGCCGUGUCCGCUGUGGAUCCGUUACGUUUAACCGACCAGUUGACCUCACUACCGUCAACCUCGACGACAUCUUCGAUAAAAUUGCUAAAAUCUCAAUUCGGUCUAUCACCGUUUAUCCGGAUGAGGCGACUAAACCUGCUCGCGGCAAGGGUUUGAACAUGCCCUCCACUCUUCGCAUUGAGAACUCUUGGCCUCGCGGUAGAGAUAAGAGAAGCCCUUCGCCAUUUACGACUGGCCCAACCUUCGAUAAACAUAUCAACCGUCUGAAGGAGGUUGCAAACACCGAAUUCAUCGAUUACGAGAAGGAGACUGGUACUUGGAUCUUCACAGUGCCUCAUUUUACGACUUAUGGACUUGAUUAUGAUGACGAGGAUGAAGGUGAGAGCUUUGAUCAAAGCACUUUGAGUGCCCCUCCUGACUCUGUCGCUUCAAAUGAUCAGACCCCCACGCAGUCGAGCACGCGCAAUUUUGACGUUUCCAUGAGUAUCGAGGGCUCUUUAUUCGGUGAUUCAAUUACUGGGGUGGAAGAUGAUACUUUUGAAUUUAAGAGAAAAAAGGUCGUUCCCGGAGCCUAUACUCAUCCAGCGGCGAAUGGGAUGCAGGUGGUAGAAGAAGAUAUGGGAUCCGAAGAUGAAGAAGAUCAGGAUUCUUUUUUAGAGGACGGCUCCGCGGGUUCAGUUACUAAUGGCAGUGAAGGACAGCUUGAAAGCAUGUCAGCAUCUGCAUCAGAACUUGAAUCGGACAGGGACGAGGAUAUGGAAAUGGCUGGUUCUUUCCCAAUCCCUGACCAAACCGUGGAGCUUACCAUGACUGGCCCCCAAAAGAAAUCUCACUUGUUCCAAUCCAUGCCUCGAUUCGGCACCCCAACCAAGACCGCAGACCUUAACCUUAAGGGCAACUGGGCUGAACAACUUCAACGAACUAUCAGUCCACGAAAGCAAGACCGACAAGCACUACGAGAAGCCCAAGAUAGAGCCUUUAUGGAUAGGGACGACGAGGAUAGCCCGACCAAUGGAUUGAAACGUACUGAAGAGCGCCCAACACAGUUCAUAACCAGUAUUGAUCUUAUGAAUUCAUUGUUCCGACAACCACAACGACAAGGAGCUUCUUCCACUCCUACUCAAUCAUCGAAAGCUAAAAGCGGUCUAGAGUGGCCCUACCCUAAAAAACCCAAGACCUUUGCAGGCAAGCCAGGCGAAAUGUCAGAAUCCGAUACGAUGUUUCAUAAUUCAAUCAAGGCAAGAUGGGGCCCACUCGACGAGGUCCUCCUCCCAAGCAACAACUCUGAUGGGCCAUCUAUUGGAGAGAAAAAGUUGGUGACUAUUACCAAGUUUGAACAGGAGACCGCAGAGUCCCAGAAUCCUUUGCAGCUACAGAAAGCUCAAUCAGUCGUUCGUCUGGUUGACAAUAUACCCUCCGCAUCUUUGGCCAUUCCCGAUUUCGGUGCCUUGGCUAAGUCUGUUACAGACAACACCAAGCAAGCAGACAUUGAAAGAUGGGUAUGGAACUUGGCUAAUAUCUUGUUCAAUGACGGUUUGGAGGAUGAUAUUUCAGAUGGUGUUCCUCCUCAAAUUCGCGAGCAAUACCAGCAUCGGAUCAAGAAAGACCGUCUUAGCCGAUUGUGGGAGACAAUAAUCCGCAAUUACCAUCCCGGCGGAUUCGGUGAUCUCAAAACGCCUGAAGAGCGUGCUGUUGCAUACCUGUGUUCUCACCGUGUCGAGGAAGCAUGCAAGAUCCUUAUUGAGUCUGGAAAUCCACAUUUGGCAACUCUUGUUUCUCAGAUUGGCCGUGACGAAGGUACAAGAGAUGCUAUGCGAGGUCAAAUCGAGUCUUGGCGUAAGGGUGGUAUCUCUUGUGAAAUCAGCGAGCCGAUCCGAGCAAUCUAUGAACUUCUCGCCGGAAACUGUCUUCGCAGUGAGGGGAAGCCAAACGGGCCUCCAGAGGAGCGAAUUUCAACAUUCAACAUUUCGGAUCGUUUUGAGCUUGAUUGGCUCCAGGCAUUUGGUCUACGAUUGUGGUAUGGCAUUUCAGACGAUGAUCCGCUUGAGGAUGCGGUGACUUUAUUCCACCAUGACGUGUAUCAUGAGGGUGAACCUGAACACCCACUCACUGUGAAUACUGAAGGCUCUAAUGGACAAGCGACUAAUGAGCCACUCGGCCGCGAGUCUCCUCUAUGGGUUUUGUUGAAGUCUUAUACGCUUGCCGUGAACAACGGAACGCAUCCAGAAAUUGCACCCAUCCAAAUGCCCGCAGCUAUAACACCCAUGGCGAUUUCUAGCCACCUACUGCACAACCGACUCUCAUUCCAGCUAUUUCAUCAUUUAUCCAAGGUUGUGGGACAUUAUGAUGCCCUCGCAGUUGAUCAAGCAAGAGCAGACCAGCUUGCCUGGGACUUUGCUUGGGAGCUUGCGACGGCUGAACAAUAUGCGCCAGCUCUGUUUGUGCUAUUACAUCUCUCUCGUCCCAUAGACCGUGAGCGAAGUGUUAAGGAAAUUUUGGGCCGUUUCGCGGCUUUACUCCCGACACCAACUACUGAAGGUGGAUCCCCAAAUUCCUUGUGGGCAUACCUUACGGUUGAGCUCCAAAUACCACCUGCCUGGAUUUGGGUUUCCAAAGCUCUAUACGCUCGCGCCGCCGGUGAUAUCGCUAGUGAAGUUGAGUGUCUUAUCCACGCCAAGCACUGGAACGAGGCUCAUGGAACCCUUUACCGUGUUGUUGCUCCUAAGGCAGUCAUCGAGCGAGAUUACGAUACCCUUGCUUCUCUGCUUAAAGGAUUUGGCGAAAACCCUGAGAGAAGAGUUCGGGACUGGAUGGAUGGAGGUGCAGUCUAUCAAGACUUCCUACAGCUGGUAAAUGCGAAGGGAGGAUGGAGAGACCCGGCACCUCUGAAACGCUUACUAAAUGCACUUGCAAAUCUUGGUGGGAAGGUUGAAAAGUCUGCUUCCUCAAGUUUGCAUGAACGAAUUGCAUUUAGAGAAAUGAGUCGCAUGGUUGCAGGGUGGGCUACAAGAGAUGUAGGAAAUAAUAUCGAGUCAUCUACCAUUCUUAACCUCCCAUUGACUAGGGAUGCUCGACUCACCCAUACCGCGGAGGUUAGCAGACGUUACUACAAUGCGAUCAUGGCCGGCGGAAGUAGUUGA